CAAUGCACACUAUGCCAACGGGCUACCGUGGGGUACGGUGCGUACUGGCAUUACACUCAGUGAGAAAGAGAUUAGUGGGAAUACUCUGGGCAAACCGAUGAAUAAACUUCAUCUCUUCUUAGUUGAUAAUCGGUGCAACAUAAAUAAGAAACAACUGGAUUGAAAUUGGUGGUGGAGGUGGCGGUGGAGGUGGUGAUGGUGGUCGCGGCGGUGGUGGUGAUGGCGGUGGUGGUUCAGUGAGGGAACCUCUGCUCUGUUAUAAUAUCGAGUGGUCAUUCAAUUGUCUACAACUGAGCCACCUGGAAUAGCUAGGAAUUGAUAAAUUUCUACGAUGACGAAUAACGUGGUCCUGCAGGGGACAAUACCCUCGUCAUCGCCAGCGGAGUCGUCGGAAGAUGGAAAAAAAUCAUCAUCAUCACCCAACGAAAAUCCUAUUAACCGGAAAUCCAUGAGCAUACGGGAAAAGUGGAAUUUUUUAUCUAGUAAUAUAACUGUUGAACCAAUGGUGGCCUGCUACAUAAUGCCAAGUGUUUUAGCAUCACUUGCAACCCAGAAUUUGAAUUUAGAAAAAGCGUGUAGGGUGAAUCUUGGAUAUUCCGACACUGUGUGUAGUGCAUUAGCCGAUAGAAAUACAACUGGUUAUGAGGAGGAAGAGACUGCCGUUCAGCAGCUUGUUGCAGGAAUGCAGACAUGGAAGUUGGCACUGCAGAGUGGAUUGCCAACACUACUCAUACUUUUUCUGGGUGCAUGGAGUGAUCGUACGGGCCUCAGAAAACCCUGUAUGCUCUUACCAAUUGUCGGUGAAUUUCUUACCAGCGUCAGUCUUAUAAUUUGCACAUAUUGGUUCUACGAAUUGCCAAUGGAAGCUGCUGGAGUUUCGGAGGCACUUUGGCCGGCAAUAACUGGCGGUUGGUUCACAAUGUUUAUGGCAAUAUUCAGCUACAUCGGUGAUAUAACGACCGUUGAGUCUAGAACACUGCGAAUCGGUGCUGUCAAUGUAUUUUUGUCACUCAGUGUACCCAUUGGCAUGGCCUUAUCCGGCAUUUUGUACAUUAAAAUUGGCUUUUACGGUGUUUUUGCAAUAUCCACGGUCUGCUAUGUUGCGAGCUUUGUUUAUGGAUUAGUUGUCAUUAAAGAAGCACCGAGACCGGAAAAUACCGCACCCGACAAAAGAACUAACAUGUCAAAGUGCGCUACAAUUGUCGACUUUUUUUCAUUCAGACACAUUGAAGAAACAUUCAGAGUUGCAUUCAAGAAAGGAGCCAAUAAUCGACAAAAAAGAGUGGCUGUUCUCAUGAUUAUUGUUAUGGUGGUUGUCGGGCCAAUGUAUGGCGAAAUGGCCGUAAUGUAUCUAUUUACGAGAUACCGCUUCAACUGGAACGAAGUAAACUUCAGCAUGUGGACGACCUACAGCAUGGUCACAAAUUUAAUCGGAACAAUGAUAUCUGUUGGAUUCUUCAGCCAUUUCCUGAAAAUCGAUGAUGCUUUAGUGGGAGUGAUGAGCUGCAUGAGCAAAAUACUCGCAAGUUUGGUUUAUUCAUUUGCCACUGAAGACUGGAUGAUGUAUCUUGGACCAAUUGUGGAAAUUGUGAAUGGAACAUCGUUCAUAGCAAUGCGCUCGAUAGCAUCCAAAUUAGUACCAACGGAUGAACUGGGUAAAGUUAAUUCUCUAUUCGGUGUCUGUGAAUCUCUAAUGCCCCUCGUGUACGGGCCAAUGUACAGUUCCGUCUAUGCAUCCACUAUGAACACACUACCAGGCACAUUCUUUUUACUCGGUGGAUGUUUGACUGUUCCAGCAGUUGUUGCUUUCUUAUGGCUGUACAGAGAGCACAGGAGGGACCGGGCUACAUUGGAGCGCGCAAUGAGGAAGGAAAAGUUGAGUAAAGCUGAAGAACGAGAAGCAAAUGGCAGUGUUGCAGUUGUAACGAAGAUAGAGAAUGACAGAGAACUGCGAGUUCAAAUUAUGACGAAUGAUAAGCAGUCAGAGUCGGGAAAAGCCUAUGACAAUCCAACUUUUAUCAGUGAAAACUUAUGAUCUGGUAUAACUAUCAUCAAGUCCUACUGGUGCUUUUGUGGGAUUGGUCUCGAAGAGAAAAAUAAGUUAAAACUAAAUGAAGGAAUGCAAUAUUCUCCAUUUCGUCAGUUUUCAACAUGUAUUCCAUCUGUGGCCAGAUGGAAAUUAUGUAAAUCCUAAUCAUCUCUGAAAGUUGUUUAGUCGUUUUUUAUUCAUUUUUUCUCCGUCAAAAUACAUCGAUAGGUAAUUCGUUGAUAUUUCUCCUAUUCUUGUAUUCGAGGUAAGAAGAAAAAGCAAGAAGACUAAUAUCCAAUUCUCUUCAUUUCCAUCCUAGAAAUAUUCGUACUUAAGUUAUUUAUUUAACAAUGAAAUUGAACCAGAUAAAAUGUGGUUUGAAUGAUAGCAGUAUUACUACGAUUACUAUGUACGAUUUAGAAGAAAUUUAUGAAAGGAAAACGAAAAAAUAACAACGUAAUGAUUAAAUAUUUUGUGUAUGGGAAAUCAACUAUUGUUUCGUCUCGAUAAAUAAUGCAAUAUUCCAUUAUUGUGAUAUAGCGUUAGGAGGGCAGUUUUUGUAUAUAUGUAGUUUCAAUAAAUUAGAUUUAUGGUGA